CAUGCUCACUGUCCCGAAACAUGAUGAGCCAUCUUGCCCUGUGGGAAUUUCUCCUUCCAGCCAGCACCGGCUACAUCUGUGUCAGCGAAGGCAGCAGCAGCAGCAGUAGAAGUAGCAGAUAGAUCCUGGCUGCUCUCCCUCAGUCUCUGCUUCUACCUCUGUGCUGUAACUUCAGCACAGAGGGGGGAAUUCGCCGGCUGCCCGCUCCUAGGAAACUUCUCUCCGCCGCGCUCCCCCUGCACAAAAUCUUCUCCCUGGGACCUCUGACCUCAGCUGUACCCCAGCUACUUAAAAGCACGUUUCUUUAUUUUCUGUGUCAGUGUGUGCUGCAUCUUCUCUUUCCCACUGCUGAAUGAACAACAGUCAGUUGUCACUUUUCAUUUUUCACUUCACAAGACUCCAGUUUUUUGGCUUCUCACCCGUGCUUGUGAAACUUCCUGUUUCCCCGAGGAUGUGUUUGAGUCCCACAGUGGCAUGAGAAGGAAUACUGAAGGGUUCUGAACAGUUUCCGUGUAGUUCGGACUCUGCAGCACUGGACUGAAGGUUAACGCGCAAGGAAUAAAGCCAACACCUGUCUUCACACAUGAGGAGAAGGCUCUCUGAUGCUACCGUUGAAAAAUGUUCACUGAGAUCAUGUACCACAUCCUGAUGGAGGCUUCUUCUCCUUCAAUACGUUUUCUAUAGGCAAAGAGAAACAGGAACAACAUGGGAGCUGAGGAGCUGUCAAACUCUACUAUCUGUGGCAAUGCAUCAGAUAUCCAGCCAAUCGGACACAGUCUAUGGGAGGUCAUAACCAUAGCAACUGUAUCGGCCAUAGUGAGUUUGAUCACAAUAAUUGGCAACAUUCUUGUGAUGCUAUCCUUUAAGGUCAACAGCCAAUUAAAGACCGUGAACAAUUACUACUUGCUGAGCUUAGCUUUUGCAGACCUCAUCAUUGGAGUGUUUUCCAUGAAUUUAUAUACCUCUUACAUUCUGAUGGGAUACUGGUCACUGGGGAGCUUAGCGUGUGACUUGUGGUUAGCUGUGGAUUAUGUGGCCAGCAAUGCCUCUGUAAUGAACCUGCUGGUUAUCAGCUUUGACAGGUACUUUUCCAUUACAAGGCCACUGACUUACAGAGCGAAGCGAACUCCAAAACGGGCAGGGAUCAUGAUAGGUUUGGCUUGGCUUGUGUCUUUCAUCUUGUGGGCUCCUCCCAUUUUAUGCUGGCAGUAUUUUGUUGGAAAAAGAACAGUUCCAGCCAAGCAGUGCCAGAUCCAGUUUUUCUCUGAGCCGGUGAUCACGUUUGGGACAGCCAUUGCUGCUUUCUACAUUCCAGUCUCUAUUAUGACCAUUCUGUACUGCCGGAUCUACAAGGAAACAGAAAAACGCACCAAGGACUUGGCUGAGCUUCAAGGUCUAAACUCUUCAGCUGACACCAGCAGGGCUAAACCCCAGAAGACUAUCAUAAGAUCCUGUUUCAACUGUAAACAGCCCCCUAAUGCCUCUCGAGAUAGGAACCAGGCUUCCUGGUCCUCUUCAAACGCUGCCAAGUCAGCAGCUUUGUCUAGUGAUGAGUGGUCCAAAGCUGACCAGGUGACCACCUUCAACAGCUAUGCCUCCUCAGAGGACGAAGAGCGCCCUGUCUCACCAAGUAUCUUCCAAGCAGCUUACAAGAACCAGGCCUGCGGUCACAAUGAAAGCAUUGUUGGUAGCGAGACUGAGCAGCUGAGCAGUAAUGAAGAAGGCAGUUACUUCCCUUCCCUGCCUAAGAGCAGCUCUCAGAAAAGCAAGAAGUGUGUCUCUUACAAGUUCAAACCAGUCACCAAAGAGGGCAGUUCUCAGCAGAGCAAAAAUGGGGACACUAAAAUGGCACCGUCCUCAUGCUCCUCAGCAGAGUCUAUGGGCGCACCCUCCACCUCCUCCUCUGCCAAACCCAUGGACACCAAUCUGAAGAACCAGAUCACCAAGAGAAAGCGAAUGGUCCUCAUAAAGGAGAAGAAGGCAGCCCAGACACUUAGUGCCAUUCUUCUAGCCUUCAUUCUCACCUGGACCCCCUACAACAUCAUGGUGCUCAUCUCCACUUUCUGCUCUGACUGCAUUCCUAUGUCUCUCUGGCACCUGGGAUAUUGGCUCUGCUAUGUCAACAGCACUGUUAACCCAAUGUGCUAUGCCCUCUGCAACAAGACUUUUCAGAAGACCUUUCGCAUGCUACUCUUCUGUCAAUGGAAGAAAAAAAGGGCAGAGGAAAAGCUAUACUGGUACGGGCAAAACCCAGCUGCUGGUGGAAAACUGACGUAAUCAGAGAUACAAUUCCACAGACUUAUUUUUCAUAUAUUUUGCAUUGACAAUACUUUGACACUUAAACUUGUGGUUAUGGUCAACUUCAUGGAUGUUAUUGUAAAAGAAUAGUUGUGAAAUGUUCAAAUUCUUCCAGGAUGGAGCUGCAUAUUCUGCUAGUAUUAAUUUAACAUGAUAUAGUGUUUGGCAAUAAUUAGCCUCUAGGGUGAACUAUGGUAUUUGUUUUAUACCAAAGCUUUGUAAAUAGUCAUAAAGUGUUCUAUGUGACAGGCUGAAAAAUAAUUGUGGCAUUAUACCACUAUGUUAUACAUAUUUUCCUUCAAGAUUUGUAUUAGUGCAGGCACUUAUAUAUCAAAACAUACAUUGUUAUAAAACGUAUUGCUUCUUGUUCAUGUUUUAUUUAUUGUUUAUCUUCAUCUGUAAAAGAAAAAAACUAAGUUUCUUUAUUAUGCCUGAAUUCAUUUUUGUAAAAUCUGUAACUUUCACAGAUUUUUUUGUUCUCUUGCUUGUAUUUAAGGGCUAACAUUUUUCAUGUGGCAGAUUUUGGAGGUUUGUAUCCUUUAAUCAGAAAAUAGUAUUACCUACAGUCAUCCUGGUUGUGUGUCAGCUUGAGAUUAGCAGCCUAUUCAAGAUUGUAUGUCGAUUAUAAAAGCCUUUUUAU